UUGGUUAAUUUGAAUUCUGGAAAAUAACAAACUAUGUGGUGGGUUUUCCAUGUGCUGUGGUUAAUACUAGUUAUAGUGCUAUUUUUUCUAAUAUUGCGACGAAUAUAUUACUUUGGCAUGCAAGGUACCGAGCAAGAACAACAGAAUGAAAUACGACGUUCACAUGAUAUAAGCAAUCAACAGUAUUACAUAUUCACAAUCUAUGACUCUAAUAAUCAACGAAAUUCCAGAAAUCAACCAGCCUCGGAUCAACCUCCUCCUAAUUACGAAGCUCCUCCGCCUCCACCCAACUAUGAAGAUGUGAUAAAAUCACCUGAGGUAUUCCAAAAGCCACCACCAUACAGUCAAAUACAAUAGUUUAUUCAUGGUAAUCAAUGUUUAGAUAUAAUAAAAAUCACCACACUAUUUUCCAUUUCUGUAAAACAUACCUCCUUUACGUAAGAUUGAUAGAAAUUAUCCGAAUCUCAUCGUAGGGUUUGUCGGUUUUCGGAUUCGUCUUACUGUUGCAGAUAUUCUGCACUACUUCCAUGCCUUUGUGCACGCGA